AUGGGCGGCGCCCGGGAUGUGGGCUGGCUGGCGGCGGGCCUGGUCCUAGCGGCCGGCGCCUGCUACUGCUUCUACAGGCUGACGCGGGGCCGACGGCGAGGCGUCCCCGGGCUACGGCUGCGCCCCUCGCGGUCUGCAGAAGACUUAACCAAUGGCUCAUAUGAUGAUAUCCUAAAUGCUGAACAACUUCAGAAACUCCUUUACCUGCUUGAGUCUACUGAGGAUCCUGUCAUUAUCGAAAGAGCUUUGGUCACUCUGGGUAACAAUGCAGCCUUUUCAGUCAACCAAGUCAUGAUUCGUGAAUUGGGUGGUAUUCCAAUCAUUGGAAGCAAAAUCAACAAUCCCAACCAGAGUAUUAAAGAGAAAGCUUUAAAUGCACUGAAUAACCUGAGUGUGAAUGUUGAAAAUCAAAUAAAGAUAAAGGUGUACGUCAGUCAAGUCUGUGAGGAUGUCUUCUCCGGCCCCCUGAACUCCGCUGUGCAGCUGGCCGGACUGAGGUUGUUAACAAACAUGACAGUGACCAAUGACCACCAGCACAUGCUUAGCAGUUACAUUACAGACCUGUUCCACUUGUUGCUCACGGGAAAUGGAAGCACCAAGGUUCAAGUUUUAAAACUGCUUUUGAAUUUGUCGGAAAAUCCAGCCAUGACAGAUGGACUCCUUGGUGCCAAAGUGGAUUCUUCAUUCCUUUCCCUUUAUGAUGGCCAUGUAGCAAAGGAGAUUCUUCUUCGAGUUCUCACACUGUUUCAGAAUAUAACUACCUGCCUCGAAAAGGAAGGCCAUUUAGCUAUUCAGCCAACUUUCACUGAAGGUUCACUGUUUUACCUGUUAUAUGGAGAAGAAUGUGCCCAGAAAAUGAGAGCUUUAGUUUAUCACCAUGAUGCAGAUGUGAAGGAAAAGGUAACAAUGAUACCAAAAUUCUAAGUGGUUGGUCAUAUUUUUCCAAAGAGUAAUGCAGUCUAGAAAUAAUACACAUAAACUUCUCAUUUUUCACCUUCCUUACAAAGGGAUUCUUUCAACUGCUGAAUUUAAACAAACAGUAAAUAUCACCUUCCAUCAUUAACACAGCUACAACUUGCCCUGGUCUCAGACCAUUUUAUUGAUACCAAAAGAAUAUAAGAGCUUUUUGUUCUGAAACCAUUUUGUUUUUAUUUUGCUUUUUGCUAAGCUACUUCAGUUAUUUCCUCUACACGGAGUGACAGUGACCUUUUUAUGUGUAAGCUACCCUUCCACUGU